AUGUAUAAUUUUUUAAGAUGCAAAAAGAAAAGUAUAAUUUUUCAAAUUCUGUUGAUUAUAUGUACGUAUAACCUUCUGUCAAAUUUUGCAAAUAUAUAUUUUAAUAAUAAUGAGAAUAAUAUAAAGUCGUAUUAUGUUGAAGGUUAUAAUUGGAAUUUUUUAGAGAAAUGGAAAUCCAUAAAUACAAAUGAAAAACUAGAAUAUAAAAUAAAUUAUAAUAUAGGUUUAAAUAUAGAUGCAGAGAUAGGUGAUUUUGGUGAUUAUAACUCAGAUGUAAAAACUGAUUUAAUAUUAUUUAAAUAUGAUAAAGAUAAAUUAUUAAGUACAAUAUUUAUAUAUGUAUUUAGUAUAAAAGAAAAUAAAUUUAUUUAUCACACGGAAGUUAGUUUUGAAGGUAAGAUUGUGAAUGUGACUGCUAUUGAUUUAAAUUUUGAUGGUGCAUUAGAUGUAUUAGUUUUAUUUAAAGAUAUUAAAGAUAGUAAUAAAUCGACUAAAUAUUAUGUAGCAGCAUUUUUACAAAAUGAUAAUGAUCAAUUAGAAGAAAUAUGGAAUUCAAAAAAAAAAGAACAGAAUGAUGAAUCAAUUACAGAUAAUGAAGAAGAUAAUAUAUAUUAUACAAAUAUACAUCCAUUAAUAUGUGAUAUUAAUAAUGAUGGAUUACCAGAUAUUAUAGGGCAACAAUCUGGUGGACCUGAUGGAUUUUUUAGAUUUAUAUGGAUUAAUACAAGAAAUGGAUUUAAAAGUUUUUUAUGGAAAAAUAUUAAUAUUUUCCAAUAUUCAGAAUUAGAUGAAAUUACUAAUCCUAAUUCUAGUGCAGUUGUUGAUAUUAAUGGAGAUUGUAAAUCUGAUUUAGUAUUUACAGUUUAUAAUUCAUAUGAAAAAAGGGUUGGACUAGAAAUAUGGUUAAAUAAAAUUAUUGAUGGAAAAAGUUAUUAUAUUAAAUAUUCACAAGAUUAUUUAUUACCAUCGAAUUCUUUACAAGUUUUAUUUGGGGAUUUCAAUGGAGAUGGUUCAAUAGAUUUAGUUGUUCCUACAUGUGUAAAAAGUUCUUUCUGUAAUUAUUGUUGUGUUAGUGAUGAUAAAAUAUAUUUUAUUCCAAAUAUACAAAAAAAAAUUUGUGAUAGUUCAUGGAAAAAACCAGAUGAAACCAAAUGUAGACCUGCAUCCAAUCUUUGUUCUGAAAGUGAUUUUGAAUUUCAGCAAAAUUUAAAUGAUGAUUUUAUUUCAGUUGUAGAUACAUCAGGUUUACAUUUAUCUGGUAAUGCUGAUUAUCCAUAUUAUUUAAGUGUAGGUGAUAUAGAUGAUGAUGGUUAUUUAGAUUUAUUAAUAACUUUAAAAAAUGAUAAAGGACAAAAAUAUGUACGUAUAUAUAAAAAUGAAUUAAAAGUACAUUAUGAAGAAAAUUCACUAGAAGUUAGAGGAUUCUAUAAUUUUUAUCAAUUCGUAACAUCUCCAGAAGAAUCAGUGACAGAUGUAUAUAAUGCAGCAUUCUUUGAUAUAUUCGAAAAUGGUGUAUUAGAUAUUUUAAUAUUUGGUAAAUAUAUUACAAGUAAUAAAAAAACCAAAUAUGCAGCUGUUGGUUUUAUAAGAAAUAAUGAAACAGAUUCUCUAUUCUUAAAAUCAACUGCUCUUAAUGGUAUAUGUGUUAAUGAUUGUUAUAAAGAAAAAGAUAAAAUUACAACCAAAACUUUAGGUGGUAAUGCUCAUGGACCUACAUUCAAAAUAACUGUUAUUGAUGUUAAUGGAGUCAAAUCAAGUAGAAUAGGAGUUCAAAAAAGUCAAUCAGCACACUUCCCAUUACAAUUACCAUAUGUACUCUUUGGAUUAGGAAGAACAAGUAAUUAUGUUGAAGAAUUCUAUGUUGGUAUGCCAACACAUGAACAAAAAUAUUAUAAUAUGUGGGUAUCUAUUAUACCUAAUUCUCAUAUUAUUGUUAUUCCAUACCCUUUAAAUAAUGCAAAUAAAUGGCAAAUACAACUCUCUGUUAAUCCAUCCAAAAAAUUCUAUUCCAUACUUUAUAUAACAUUAAUAUGUUUAAGUGUUAUUGGAGUACUUAUUUUUAUAUUGGACCGAAAAGAAAAAGUCGAAGACUCAAAAGAGGAACUUGGUUUUAAGAGUCACUUUGUUAUAGGAUAA